AUGGAUACUCAAGCUAAUGAGCCCAGUACUCUACAAGACUUGCUAUUGGACGAUAUCAUAGGAGAUCCAAUUAGCCUUAAGCUAUCCGUAUUGGAAACCAUCACAAAAAACUUUUCUGAGGAGCAGAUUAUUGGAAGUGGUGCAUAUGGGAAAGUUUACAAGGGAGUGCUUGGAGAUGGUUUUGUUGCAGUCAAGAAGUUAUACUCACAUCAUGUAAUCGAGGACACACCAUUUCAACGCGAGGUUGAUUGUCUGAUGAGGAUUAGACACCACAAUAUAGUCUGGUUUGUUGGAUACUGUGCUGAAACACGUGUGGAGGUGGUGCGGCAAGGAGCGAAAAAUAUUUUUGCUGAAGCAAAAGAAAAGUUGCUUUGCUUCGAGUAUUUGCAUAAUGGAAGCCUUCGCAGCUAUGUCACUGAUGUUUCAGAAAUUCAUGCAAUAAUCUGUCAAAUUUUAACAAAGAAUUCACAGGUACUGAAAAGCUGGGCAAUUAGGAUGGAACAGGAACCAUCAGAGAUGAGGCGGACGCCAUUGGAAAUAGACUACUACCGGCAAAUAGAAGCGUGCAUGGAGAUAUCAGAGAGCUGCAUAAAGUUUGAACCAGAUAAUAGACCGCCAACCAUUGCGGAUAUCCUCCGUCGGCUUGUGAAAACAGAGGCAAAGGACCAGUCUGUCGUGACAGGUACUCCAGCGCUAGGACGGAUAAGCUCCCUCGCCAAAUUGAUGGAGGGCCUGCGGUUGAUGGCAUCCCAACAUCCAUCCUCUGGCGGCGAUGGGAGUACUAAGGCGUUGGUAUCCGGGCCACCUCUGCUGGCAUCGCCCAACAGAUCAGGGGACCCAAGCCCUGACCUUGAUAAGAUUUCUUGGUUGGAUAGAAAAAAGAGUGCCAAGUGCUACAUGCUAUCAUCGAGAUCAUUACAUAUUGAACAUGUAGAUAUAGGCGGCUACUGGAAGUGGAUCAACCGCUCGGAUUCCAGAUUUGCUGAGUGUGCCGAGCUCAUAAAGGUCUACUUCUUGGCGGUGAUUGGGGAGAUUUUAACCACGGAACUGUCCCCGGGCACGACCUACGCGGUCUACCUCGUGUACAAGCUGGCCAGCGACGCUGCUGGCCUGAACGGCGUCCAGACGUCGUCGGUCAGGCUCUACGGCGAGAGAACUGUCACCACCAGCAGCGUCAGUGUGGAUCCUGCGGCGCGUACCGCCGCCGCCGGCAUGGUUCGGCCUGUGGCCAGACAGGACGGCUGGAUGGAGCUGAAGCUGGCCGAGUUGGCCCCUGAUGACAAGCUGCUGCUCAACGAGAAGGCCGUCAUAGUGGACUUCCGCGAGGAGAACAUUCGCGUGCUGAAGAGGGGACUCAUUGUCGAAGGUGCUGGUUUGUGA